GCAACAUGAAGAACUUGGUGCAGCUUAAGAUGAAUGGAUGUGCAUCAUUGACUAGAAUGCCGGGUGAAAUCAAGCAAUUGACAAACUUGGAAGUGUUGUGGGGAUAUGAUGCUGUAGAUGGUCUUGGAAAUGUCAUGCUGCCAGAGUUGCAAGCUCUUACAAAUCUUGAAUCUUUGCAUAUACAACACCUUGAAAGAUUAAUAUCAGUAGAAGCAGAAGAAAAGGAUAUUACUCCACCCACUAGUUUACUAAAGAGUCAACUUCUAAAUGAGUUGAUACUGCAUUGGGAAUGGUGGAAUGACAUGACUACUAAAGGAACUUCCAAGUCCACAGAGCAACUGAUCGAAGGCUUAAAACGUAACCUACGAGAGUUGAAGGUCUUCCGGAUCAUUUCAUACAUGAGCAACAAACUCCCAAGUUGGCUGAUGAGGGAGGGAUCAGUUCCUGUUCUGAAUAAAUUAACUACAGUUCAUCUUGUUAAUCUAAGGAGAUGUGAGAGACUACCACCACUUGGAUUACUACCUCACCUGCUGAUGGUUGCAAUAAGUGGUUUUGAUUCAGUUACAGAAAUAGAUGAUGACUUCUACGGGGAGGGUAGCCCAUCUCCAUUUGAUAAGUUGUUGAGACUCACAUUCUCUGAAAUGCCUAGGCUAGAGAAGUGGGACCCACCUUCAUAUUUUCAAAAUAACCCAGAAAAGUCCGGUGAAAGUUAUUUUAACCAGCUUGAAGAAUUGACCCUAAUUCAGUGCCCAAAGCUCAGGGAAUUACAUGUGCCUAUUUUCGUUUCUGAUUAUUCUCAAUUGAAAUUGAAACUGUGGUUGAGCAAUGAGAUGCUAAUGCCUACUUCUAAAUUCAAUGAUUGGGGGAGCCUUCAGGGAAUCCGUAAGUUGCAAAUAUUUGGAUGCCAAGAAUUGAGGAGUCUACCUGAUGAUAUAAGGGAGAUCCACUACCUACGGGCGUUAGCAAUAAUAAAUUGCAAUAAAUUGGAGGCUUUGCCAAUUUGGCUCGAACAAAAAUUAAGUUUGGAGUCCUUGUGGAUAUCUGGUUGCCCUGCGUUGUCAUCCAUUCCGGAGGGAUUGAAAGUCGAGGGGCGACUGAGAAAUCUGAUUGUUGAAGCUUGCCCCAAACUGAGCCAGGAGUACAUGACAGAUGAGGACUAUCUUUUUCUUCUUUGGCAGGGUUAGCCAUGUCGUGACUUUUCAAACUCAUUGCAUAAUGGGAAGGU